GCGUGGGUGGCGGAUGUCAACUGGCAAGGAGGGGCAGUAGAGAACAGGAGGAAGGGAGGAAGGGAGGGAGGAGAGCGAAAUCGAAAGCGAGCGAGAGGUAAAGAGUGCGUGGAGAAGAGUGUUGUGUUGCAUCCAUGGCGGCGGCGGCGGCAGCGGCAGCGGCAGCGACGGCAGCGGGUUCCAUCGCGGCCUGCGCCCCAGGGUCGGCGGCGGCACCUCGGCUGUCGCCUAGCGGAUCUGCUUCCGCGCAAGAAGCCGGUAUGUGCGCCGCCGCCAAGCUGACGGCUACGUGUCGCGCGCGAGCGCCCGCGUUGACCUCGCAGUUCCGCGGGACUCCAGUCGCCUGGCGGCAGCAUGGCGCAAGCAAGGCGGAGGCCAUGCCACGUGGCAGCAGCGGCAGCAGGACCAAUCGGGUUGCAGUGUUGGCGGCGGCGGCAGUUUCCACGCCAACGAAGUCGGAGAAGACGACAGGUGUCACCGGCUCGGUGAAGACAGGCAUGACGAUGACCGAGAAGAUCCUGGCCAAAGCCGCGGGGAAGGGGAGGGUGUCCCCCGGAGAGAACGUGUGGGUGCGCGCGGACACCUUGAUGACGCACGAUGUCUGUGGUCCCGGCACCUUCGGCGUUUUCAAGAAGGAGUUCGGUCCCGACGCUAAGGUCUGGGACCCCGAGAGAGUGGUGAUCAUCCCCGAUCAUUACAUCUUCACCGCCGACGAGAGAGCUAAUCGGAAUGUGGACAUCCUGCGGGACUUUGCGCGGGAACAGAACAUCAAAUACUUUUACGAUAUCGUCGAGAAGAGCGAUUUUCGCGCCAAUCCGGACUACAAGGGGGUGUGCCACGUGGCACUCGCUCAGGAAGGCCAUUGUCGACCUGGUGAGGUGUUGUUUGGCACAGAUUCGCACACGUGUACCGCUGGCGGGUUUGGGCAAUUUGCCAGCGGCAUAGGGAAUACCGACGCGGGGUUCAUUCUUGGCACGGGGAAACUGCUAAUUAAGGUGCCAGCGACGAUGAGGUUCAUCCUCGAUGGGGAGAUGCCGAGUUAUUUGCUAUCGAAAGACCUGAUUCUGCAGAUCAUCGGAGAGAUCGGCGUGGCGGGAGCCACUUAUCGCGCGAUGGAAUUCGCGGGAACGACCGUGGAUGGCAUGACGAUCGAAGAUCGGAUGACUCUGUGCAAUAUGGUAGUUGAGGCGGGGGGCAAGAAUGGGGUUGUGCCAGCCGACAAGACGACCUUCGACUACCUUGAGGAGAGGACUAACGUCCCUUUUGAAGUCUUCCGGAGUGAUGGCGAUGCGCAGUUCCACAGCGAGUACCGAUUUGAUGUGUCGAAGAUUGAACCUGUGGUGGCCAUGCCGCAUUCUCCAGACAACGGAGCUUUGGCGCGGGAAUGCAAGGAUAAGAAGAUAGACAGAGCGUAUAUCGGAUCGUGUACUGGCGGGAAAACCGAGGACUUCAUGGCGGCGGCGAAACUGAUGCACUCGGCGGGAAAGCGGGUGGUGGUCCCCACAUUCCUCGUCCCCGCCACGCAAAAGGUGUGGAUGGACUUGUAUACUCAGCCGGUACCGGGAACUGGCGGGAAAACGUGCGCGGAGAUCUUCAAUGAGGCAGGAUGUGAUACUCCCGCCUCACCAUCUUGUGCGGCAUGCCUUGGUGGUCCCAAGGACACGUAUGGAAGGAUGAACGAGCCUCUGGUCUGUAUAUCAACGACGAAUAGGAACUUUCCAGGAAGAAUGGGGCACAAGGACGCGCAAAUCUACCUGGCAUCCCCGUACACCGCCGCGGCGUCAGCGCUGACAGGAUUUGUUACGGAUCCCAGAGAGUUUUUGUGUUAAGGAGAAAAAAAAAAAAAAGGAAACGAAACGUCUUUUGACACCAAAUUGAGAGAGAGAGAGAGAGAGAGAGAGAGAGAGAGUUCUGCUGAAAGAGAAAAACAUGUGGUUAACUGAAGGGCGCAAAGUUGACGAGGAAGGGACGCUUUACUCGUUCACAGAUUGUGCGUAAAUGGAACAUUAUAGGAAGGAAUGGUGGGAAUUCGUUCGUGUGUGUGUGUGUGUGUGUGUGUGUG